UAACAACAAUUUAUUGAUAUAAAUGUUUGAUGACUUUUUGGAUUAUAUGAGUUAUGCUAUCUCCCACCAAGCAUAUGUCAUACAAUUUGGCUUUUAGCACUUGACUUCUUCUCUAUGGCUUGGUUUCUGCCGGCCAUCAUCCUAAGGUCGGAUCACAAAAUUAAAAAAAAAACUAAAGAUGCAGAAAACUAAGCACUUAUGUCUGCCAUUAAAAUGGCUCCAUGCUCUUUCAUCAACAACCUCUCACACCCAUAUAUUUUCUUCCUCUCCCCUUACCCUCAGUCUUUCGCUUUUCCGAUGAAGCUCAGCCGACCGGAGGUUGAUAAUGGCUGCCUUCUUCAACCACCCGAUCCCGAUGAACCUUGGGAUUUUGAGCUCCCUUCUUCAACCUCCAACACUCCCAUCUUUCAUAACCAAGCCUUCAACUUGCAGAGCAGCAAUGAGUUUGCAUUCUCGGUUGACCAUGUCAAUGACUUAUUGGAGUCUAGCACCGAUGAUACCACGAAUGGCGACGAGCUCCAAGUUCAUGUAGGGAAUGGGAGAAGUAAAGAUGUUGAUGAUCAUGGGUUAACUUUGAUCAGCCUCCUUUUCGAGUGUAGUGUUGCGAUCUCUGUCGACAAUCUUGUGGAGGCGCACCGAAUGCUUCUUGAACUCACUCAAAUGGCGUCACCUUAUGGGCAGUCGAGUGCAGAGCGUGUGGUUACAUACUUUGCAGCUGCCAUGUCUAGCAGAGUCAUAAACUCCAUAUUGGGAAUCUGCUCUCCUUUACUCGACUACAAAAGCAUAAGCAAUUCCUUCCAAAUUUUCAACAAUGUUUCACCAUUAAUCAAGUUUGCUCAUUUGGCUUCAAACCAAACCAUACUUGAAUCUCUCUCACAAUGUGUUGAUCCAAUUCAUAUCAUAGACCUUGACAUCAUGCAAGGCAUACAAUGGCCCCCACUUUUUCAAGCUCUCACCACGAAAAUGGACGAUUCCCGCUCUCGCCAUGUGAGGAUCACUGCCAUGGGAACCACCAUGGAGCUUCUCCUCGACACAGGAAAACAACUCUCAAACAUUGCUCGACAACUUGGCUUAUCUUUCGAGUACAACCCUAUUGCUACAAAGGUUGGAAAAGUCGACGUAUCAAUGGUGAAACUCCGACAAGGAGAGACGGUGGUUGUGAACUGGGUUCGACACUGUCUUUAUGAUGCAACCGGGUCUGAUUGGAAAACCCUUGGACUAAUUCAACAACUAGGACCUAAAGUUUUCACAUUUGUGGAGCAAGAUAUGUGCCAUGGAGGUUCAUAUCUAGAUCGCUUUGUUAGCUCUUUGCAUUACUAUUCUGCCAUUUUCGACUCUCUUGGAGCUUGUUUGAGCAGUAAUGACAGUAACAGAAAUCAAGUGGAGCACAAUAUUCUGUAUAGGGAGAUCAAUAACAUAUUGGCAAUUGGAGGGUCAUCAAGAAGUGGAGAGGAGAAGUUUAAGGAAUGGAGAAGUGAACUAAGAAAGUGUUUAAUGGAAGUUCCAAUGAGUGCAAACUCCAUGGCUCAAGCUUGGUUGAUGUUGAAUAUGCAAUCAAAUAAUCAAGGGUUUAGUCUUGUACAAGGGGAAGGUGGGGCACUGAAGCUUAGAUGGAAAGAUACAAGUCUCUAUACAGCUUCGUCCUGGACUCGUUGCAACGUGGGAGUUGCUUGAAUGGUUUCUAAGCUUAGAAAUUAGACGCUAAAAGUUUCGUAUUUAGAAAGUUUCGGUAUCUUUCAGUUUUGGAUUAUGUUAGGAUUGUGUUCUUAUUUAGUUUCUGCCAUAUUAUCGACAAAAUAUAUC